AUGGACAGCCUGGACCGACACUUAUCGGAUCUUAUAACAGCAUUUCAUAUCCUUCACAAGCACCAGGUGCUCGAUGAACAUGGCCAAAUAUCCGUACGCAAUCCAGUUGAUCCUUCGACUUUUUUCACCAGCAAUGUCCCCGCCAUUCUGAUCUCGUCGAAGGCCGAUCUGAAUCAAUGGCGUGUUGCUGACGGCUCUCCGAUUGCUAAUCCGUAUGACGGAUGUCACAAGAUCGACGAAGUCUCUGAUCUGUCCGAACAUUACAUCCAUAGCUCCAUCUACGACCGAUUCCCUGGUGUACAAAGCAUUAUCCAUUCACAUUGUUCGAGCGCAAUCGUUUAUGGGCUAUGUGAUAAUUGGCGGAGUAUGCCGCAACCUAGCUAUCUAAUGGCUGGGUUUAUAGGGCCUUCGCCGCCCAUUUUUGACAUUGCACAAUUCUAUGAGAGCCUACCACGGUCGCAUCCGCGGAACUUGCUGGUCAACAAUCAGUAUCUCGGAGAUAGGUUGGCCGGAAUGCUCGAGAAAUCCAACAAUAAUGAGGUGGUAAUGAAUGGGGUGGUAGCAGAUGUACAUAAACAAAAAGUUGUCUUUCGACGAGGCCAUGGUUACACGACCUGGGCUGGGAGUAUCGAGGAUGCAGUAUGGAGGGCUAUACAUAUCCGGCGGGAUGCAGACAUUCAAACCACUGCCAAGAACCAACGAGACGCGACAGACCUGCACGUCGUUUACCUUACAGAAGAGGAGGCCAGAGACUGUGAAAAUACAACAAACCGUGCUUCGCGCGAGCAUUGGCUCGCAUGGCCGGCAGAGGCGGACAGGUCAGGAUUCUGGUAG